UUAAUAUAAAGUGUCGUUUCGUUUUGUAUCCAUUCAUUGGGACUGACGAUAGUGACAGUUUACAUUUAGCUACCCAUUUUUUUAUAAUCUAAUCUAUUGCUAAAGAUUUUAUCAGUGCAUUUUUAUAACCAAUACUCUUCGCUGCAGCGGCUUUUAUAUCUAUCCAACCAUCAGCCAUAUGACGCGAAGCCAGCGCCCCAUAGAUCUGAUAUCUAAUUAGUGAUAAACAAACAGACAGUAUGUCUUCGAAAGCGAUAUACGAAGCGACCGGCAAGGACCUCAUAAAUAGACAUAUAGCGCCGGGAACGGCGUUGGUGCCGAGUCGUUUCGCUACUUUCGAACAGAGCACAGUGUGGGAGGACGAGCUAGGGAAGAACCCAUGGCUCGCCAAGGAGCAACUAGUAGUGAAGCCCGACCAGCUGAUCAAGCGGCGCGGCAAGCUGGGCCUCGUUGGGGUGAACAAGACGGCGGCUGAAGUGCGCAAGUGGCUCAGCGAGUACAUGGGCCGCGAGCAGCAGGUCGGCGCCGCUGUUGGCAAACUGAGGCACUUCAUAGUGGAGCCGUUCGUCAAACACGACCAGAAUGAGGAGAUGUACCUGUGUAUCCAAUCAGGACGGCGCUCGGACACCAUACUGUUCCACCACCAGGGCGGUGUCGACGUGGGAGAUGUGGACGCGCUCGCCGUCAGGCUAGAGGUCCCUGUGGACACAUUCCCGUCCGGCGAGGAGAUCGAUCAGGUUCUCCUCAAGAAUGUCAAGUCACAAACGGUCAGAAGGAUACUGACCCUGUUCAUCCAUUCACUGUACCGUGUAUAUGUGGACCUGUACUUCACGUAUAUGGAAAUAAACCCCAUAGUGGUCACCAACGAGCGCAUCUACCUCCUGGACCUGGCGGCCAAGCUCGACCAGACGGCCGACUUCAUCUGUGCGAAGAGUUGGGGAGAGGUGGUGUUCCCCCCGCCGUUCGGACGGGACGCGUACCCCGAGGAGGCGCAUAUCGCUGAUCUGGACGCGAAGAGUGGGGCCAGUUUGAAGUUGACGGUGCUGAACAAGUCCGGCCGUAUAUGGACGAUGGUGGCGGGCGGCGGCGCGUCCGUGGUGUACACGGACACGGUGUGCGAGCUAGGGGGCGCUGCGGAGCUCGCCAACUACGGCGAGUACUCGGGCGCGCCCACCGAGACGCAGACCGCCGACUACGCCAAGACCAUCUUCAGCCUCAUGUGCCGGGAGAAGCAUCCCAACGGGAAGGUGCUAAUCAUCGGCGGUGGCAUCGCCAACUUCACAAAUGUCGCGGACACGUUCCGCGGCAUCAUCACCGCCAUAGAGACGUACAAGGACGCCCUCUUGCAGUACAACGUGACGAUAUUCGUAAGGAGGGGCGGGCCUAACUACCAGGAGGGGCUCAGACAAAUGCGCGAAGUGGGCCAGCGUCUACGCAUCCCACUGUACGUGUUCGGGCCAGAGACCAACAUGACGGCGAUCGUUGGCCUCGCGCUCGGCCACUCGCCCAUACCCAAAGAACACCAGCUCGACUACGCGCCCAAGCAGUUGCCCAAGCCGCAACCUCACCCCAAACCCAAACUGGAGAUACCCGAGUUAACUCACAAGCUGUUGGAUCUGGUGUGUUCACAAGCGCCCACAAAGAUGGACCUCGGACAGCAAAUGUCGACAGGGAAGCCACUUUUCUCGGAUCGCACCAAGGCGAUCAUAUGGGGCAUGCAAAACAGAGCUAUACAGGGUAUGCUCGACUUCGACUAUAUAUGUCGACGGUCGGAGCCGUCGGUAGUGGCGAUCGUGUACCCGUUCACCGCCGACCACAAGCAGAAGUACUACUUCGGCAACAAGGAAGUCUUUAUACCAGUGUUCUCCGACAUGGACGUGGCCAUGCGCAAGCACCAGGAGGCGACGGUGCUCGUCAACUUUGCCUCGCUGCGCUCCGCCUACGACUCCACGCUGCAGGCGAUGCAGCACCCACAGAUCAACACAGUGGUGAUCAUAGCCGAAGGCAUACCUGAGAACAUGACGAGGAAGCUCAUCAAGUUGGCAGACGCCAGAGGGGUGAACAUAAUCGGGCCGGCGACGGUGGGCGGCAUCAAGCCGGGCUGCUUUAAGAUCGGCAACACGGCCGGCAUGAUCGACAACAUUGUCGAGAGCAAACUGUACAGGCCCGGCAGCGUGGCGUACGUGUCGCGUUCGGGUGGUAUGAGCAACGAGUUAAACAACAUACUGUCCAAGCAUGCGGACGGCGUGUGCGAGGGGGUCGCCAUCGGCGGCGACAGGUACCCGGGGACGACCUUCAUCGACCAUCUACUCAGAUUCGAAGCGGACCCGGCGGUGAAGAUGCUAGUGCUGCUGGGCGAGGUGGGCGGCGUGGAGGAGUACCACGUGUGCCGCGCCAUCCGCGACGGACUCAUCACCAAGCCCAUGGUCGCCUGGUGCAUCGGCACCUGCUCAGACAUGUUCACGUCGGAAGUACAGUUCGGUCACGCGGGUUCGCUCGCGGGCUCUGCCCUCGAGAAGGCGGUCGCGAAGAACGCCGGCCUCCAGGCGUACGGCGUCACGGUGCCGGAGUCGUUCGACGGGCUCGGCGACGCCGUCAACAAGGUGUACAAGAGUCUGGUCAAUGCGGGCAAGAUCAUCGUGAAGGAGGAGGUGGAGCCGCCCAAGGUGCCCAUGGACUACGAUUGGGCGAGGAAACUGGGCAUCAUUAGGAAACCUGCGGCGUUCAUCAGCACCAUCUGUGACGAGCGCGGCCAGGAGCUGAGCUACUGCGGCGUGCCCAUCAGCCAGGUGCUCGAGCGGCAGCUCGGCGUCGGCGGUGUCAUCAGUCUGCUCUGGUUCCAGCGCGAGCUGCCCGAGUGGGCGUGCAAGUUCUUCGAGCUGGUGCUUAUAGUGACGGCGGACCACGGGCCGGCCGUCUCCGGCGCACACAACACCAUGGUCACUGCUAGGGCCGGCAAGGACCUCAUCUCCUCCGUCGUCAGCGGCCUGCUCACCAUAGGCGACCGGUUCGGCGGCGCGCUGGACCGCGCGGCGGCCGACUUCUGCGCGGCGUACGACCGCGGCCUGCACCCGCAGGAGUUCGUCAACGACAAGCGGGCGCGCGGCGAGCUCAUCAUGGGCAUCGGACACAGGGUGAAGUCAAUCAACAACCCGGACUCGCGCGUCCGCGAGCUGAAGGCGUACGUGACGUCACGGUGGCCCGCGUGGCCCGUGACGAGGUACGCGCUCGACGUGGAGGCCAUCACCACCCGCAAGAAGCCCAAUCUCAUACUGAACGUGGACGGCAUCGUCGCCGCCGCCAUGGUUGAUCUGUUCCGCCAUUGUCAGCUGUUCACAGCCGAGGAAGGCAACAACUACAUCAAUAUGGGAUCCAUUAAUGCACUGUUCGUGCUUGGCCGCACCAUAGGCCUUGUUGGCCACUACUUAGACCAGAAGAGGAUGAAGCAACCCCUAUACCGCCACCCAUGGGACGAUAUCACCUAUAUGUCGCCGCUGAAUUGAGCGGCAGCACGCGAGAUACGUGUCAGCAUGCGUUAACAUGCGUCAGCACCCGUUAGCAUGCGUCCGGCGGUCAGAGGUUUGGUUAGUCGACCGCUGUUCCCUUAGUUCAUAAUAGGUUACAUGAUUGUAGAUAAUUUUCUAUAUUUAAUUAAUUGUAAUGUAAGAAAUUGUGUGUAGGGCUUUAUUGUGACAAUUUUAAAUUUAUUUUGUAUGUGCCGCGUUAUGAAAGAAGAAAAAAAUGCAUGCGUGUGAAUAAAUUUUUGUCUAUGUCAUGCUGUAAAAUUAUAUAAAAUUGCAUUAAAAAUAUAAGAAAAAGAAAACAUAUUCUUUAUCUACCUAUUGAAUAUUAUUCCAAUUUCAAAUAUGCAAUUUUAAAAAUGGAAUUAGUAAUCUUAAUUUCAUUUUAUUAUAUACCAUAAUUAUGAAAUGUUCGAUCAAUAAAAAAGUAAAAAUAAAAAAUAUAUUAUCUAUGUGCCUCAUUCUUUUUUUAACAUUGCAUACAUUAAAAAAAAACUAGAAAUAUGACUGUAAGAAUUAAAUUUACCUAACAAUAUUUCUAUUUUUGCGCUUUAUUUUUAUUUUUUUAAUAUAUCCUUGAGUAAUAGACAUAAUCUUAUUUUUUACUUAUUGUUUUCAUUUCUCAUAUGGGACAUAGAUAAAUAACCUAUUGUUCUAAAUUUGAAUUUCUUUUACAACUUGAUAAAUAUCCAAACCUCUGUACUUGUCAACUAUAUAAUAACUCUAGCUAAUAAUUAAAACGUUUCAAGUCCCAACGGUGGGCACCGGCCCUGUAACUUCUUAAUAAAUACACAUGUAUUAUUUAUUUUUCUAUUAAAUAGACAAUGCUCAAAUCAAAACAUAAGCAAAAAUAAUGCACGUGUAAUACGUUCCAAUAGAACUUAAUGUAAAUGUAAUCCAAUUGUUAUUAAAUAUUAACAUAGAAAUGAAUUUGGUAACAAAUGGAUACAUUCAAUCCAUUGUUUUUUUUUUAUAUUUGGACGUCAGCAGAGUGUCUAUAGGCCACCCCUUCCUUUCUCGUGGGUGUCGUUAUAGGCGACUAAGAAAAGGCGAGGGAUAGGCAGCAGCGUCCUUAUUAAAACAUUCCUAAAAACACUGCGGUUGCCAAUCCGCCUGCCACGAGUAGCAACUAUUGGCAAAACCCCUUAGUGGGAGACUUUUGUUCAACAGUGGACUUAAAAAUUUGAUAUGAAAUUGAGUAUCUUAUGAUCGGGUCGGUUUUACGUUUGUUUACGUUUUCAUUCCCAUCAUCAUCAUAUCGGCCGUUAAUUGUCCACUGCUGGACAUAGGUCUAUUAUUCCUACUAUUAUGAGGUUUUGCCAGUAGUUGCCGCGCUUGACAAGCGUAUCGGGCUGUAUUUAAGCUUUGGUGAUGUUUAAAAAGAGACAUUGCUGCCUAUCCUUCGACUAUAAGUUUCCCUUAGUCCCCUCUUACGACACCCACGGGAAAGGAAGUGGUGGCCUGUUCUAUACCGGGACCACAUGGCCAAUAUUUUCAUUAGUUCUAUUGAAAUGGACUAUAUUGGUGUGAUCACAUCUGUAUUGUCAAUUUUCAAGUAUAAUUAAUCAGUUUUCAAUAUUUCUGAAUGAUUUAUACAAAAUGUGAUCCGGAGGAUGUUUUCCUAUAAGAGCAAAUAUUUCUUUUAUUACUUAAGAGCGAAUAGCGAACAAACUACAGUGCUGCCUCUGCAGUGCGAUUUAGGAACUAAUCUAUUACUAUUAUGAAUUCUCCUUUUAGUCACUAAAUUGUAAAUUGUGCUGUUUGUCAUAGAAAGAAACAUUAGGAAGCAUUAAAUUUGAAAUUCGUUACAGGGAAUACAUUAAUUUGGACAAAUGGUAAAUUAUGUUUUGUUUUGUCAAAAUAUUAACAAAUUAUUGUUUUGAUCCUUCGAGUCAGAUUAUUCGGCUCGAAGGACCAAACCGAACUAUAGUUUGUUAUCAUACACCGGACUUAUGAAAUAACGAACUUUAAGUUCGUUAUUUUACAGUUACAUAAGAAAAAUUAUGUUAAUUAAUUAUUAAUUAAGUUAAUAAUAAUAAUAAUUUAUUGCUCCAUUAAGUUUACAAAAUAAGAUUUUUAAUCUUAUAUUAUUCUGUUUAGUUUAUUAACUUCAUCGAAACAUACUAUCGCGUUUCGUCGUCUUGUUACUGCAAGCAUUAUGAUAAAUAAAAAAAAAAAACCAACUACAUUAAUACCAUAGACAAUAUUAAAAAAAUGUCUGUGGUCACCAAUUUUUUUUUUAAUGUAAUACAUCCUAUCCUAUUAUAUUAUGCAUAUAGUAUAAGUACAUUAAAGAUCUGUUAAAUUUAAAAAGAUAUGUUUGUUCUGUGUGUGCGAGCGAGACGGCGAAUAUGUGUACAUUUCUCACAAGGGAUAAUUGGGGUUGAUUUAGUUUUUUUGUUUUUUUUUUUUAUAGGAAAAAUGUUAGUGUAAAUUGGAUGUAACAUAGAAAAACCCACAGAACGCAUUAUACUAGUAAAUAAAUAAAUAAAUACGAUUAAGUGCACUUUAAAUGUUUUUAUAUGUUUAAAUAUAAUAUUGUAGAACUAUAACAAAUGUAUUAAAAUUGGAUGAAUAAAAAUAUGUAGCAAUUAA